GUGAUUGUUAUAGGAUUGAAAAUGUAUUCAAUGAGCAACGCUACGCUGCCUAUGUUUUGGAUUCCAUGUCGGUUGACGUCAUUGAUAAAAAAAACAUGACAGGCGGGAUCUAUUUAUAAAUGCAUUAAUAUGAUACUCAAAAUAUGGUGACAAUAGUAGUAGUGUGAAAGAUUUUUAGCUAAAGGGUUUAACAGGAAAAGCUUGAACAAGAUGAUUUUAAGUAGGUCAAGUUAGUGUCAAUAUAUGUAGGAUGUUCAAGUUGAAAAUGUGUUUUGACGUGAAUCCAGAUGCUAACCCCUAGAUAGAGUGACAAAAAUGUAUUCGGAACGCUGUGUAAACUGGGUUUCGCUCAUCUCCAUACCCCAUCCUUUCAUACUAUCCCAAAUUGUCAUUUUGUGAAUCCAUUCCAUGCUCAGUACCCCAUCCUUUCAUACCAUCCCAAAUUGUCAUUUUGUGAAUCCAUCCCAUGUUCAGUAUAAUAGUGAUUCGACACGCCUCUAAACCAUCAUCACAACUCUUUUGUUUUGACCAGCGGGAAGUGUCACUUCCAUCGUUGGUCUUAUAAAAUUUACAACACAAAGAACAUAUUUGCAAAAAGUUGGCAAGUUGCAUUUGAUUUUGUUAAUGAACUGUUCAAGUGUAAAAAAUACUCCUAUAUUCGCAUCGAAAUUAAAUUCCAAAACCGAGUAAUUCUGCAUUAACUUAUGUAUUCUUUCCCUCAACCCAAGCACAUACAAGCCCAAAGCUUCCCAUCAACCAAACAGGGCUUUAACUAAGGGUAAGACCGUAAUUCUAUUGAACCACUGUCCCACCCUUCCUCUAGUCUAGCCCCCAAAGCUGCUGCAAAUCCUCCCACUCUCCCGCCUAUUACCGCCAGCCACGGCGGCGUACCCACCCUUAUCGGCAAACCCUAUUACAUACCAACAAUACGCUCCAAUGUAGUAAUCUAUACGUACGUAUAUAUUUUCAUAUUAUCAAUUCUGUCACAAAGCUCGUGCCUUUCAAAGAACUAUUCAGCCUAGGUCAUCAAAUAACCCAGUUGAUUGCUAAAUGUUGAACUCCCACCGAUUAUGUCGUCCAUUUUCAAGUCUGAUUGAUCAGCAGAAGAAAGACUCCAACUUGGUAAAAUUCAAAAUUCCAGGGAAAUUAGGAGGUAGGAAUCUGAAUCCAAUUCCUUUACCCCAUAGAACAAUUCUUGACCCCAGAGGCCAAGAUCUUGAUUAUGUGAAUGUAGCUCACAGCCACCUUGUCCACUCUGAUUGGGCUAAGCUUGAUAAAUUAGCCCCCAAUCUGACACAAUUCAGAGUGAAGCACAUUCUGUUGAAGAUUCAAAAGGACUAUGUUCUUUCCCUUGAAUUCUUCAACUGGGUGGAAACCCAGAACCCUAAUUUGCACACCCUCGAUACCCGUUCCAUAAUCCUUCAUAUCCUCACCAAGAGCAGUAAAUUCAAAUCCGCGGAAUCCAUUUUGAAGAAAAUCCUAGACUUGGGUUCGAUACAUCUUCCCUCUAAGCUUUUUGAGUCCAUACUUAACUCGUAUAGAUUAUGUGAUUCCUCACCUCAUGUGUUUGACUCGCUUUUUAAGACGUAUGCACAUAUGAGGAAGUUGAGGAAUGCCACCGACACCUUCUGUCAGAUGAAGGACUAUGGGUUUCUCCCGACUGUAGAGUCUUGCAACGCGUACUUGAGUGCGUUGAUGAAUCUGAAUCGAGCAGAUAUUGUGUUGGCAUUUUACAAGGAGAUGCAGAGGUCUCGGAUUUCACCAAAUGUUUAUACUUUGAAUAUGUUUGUCAAUGCUCUUUGUAAAUUGGGGAAACUUGAAAAGGCUGUCGAGGUGUUUGGAGAGAUGGAAAAUAUGGGAUGUGCCCCCACGGUUGCGUCUUAUAAUACAUUGAUUUCUGGACACUGUAAUCAAGGCCUUUUGAGUGCAGCUAUGAAGCUCAAAAAUUCGAUGGAGAAGAAUGGGUUAAUCCCAAAUAACAUUACUUUUAACACACUCAUCCAUGGUUUCUGCAAGGAAGGGAAAUUACAUGAAGCGAACAAACUUUUUAGUGAAAUGUGUGGUAUGGGUGUUUCUCCUAAUACUGUAACUUACAACACAUUGAUACAGGGUUAUAGUCAAAUAGGUAAUGUUGAAAUGGGUAGAAGUCUUUUUGAGGAGAUGUCAAGGAAUGCAGUGAAGACUGAUAUCUUGACUUAUAAUGCAUUGAUAUUGGGACUAUGCAAGGAAGGGAAGACAAAGAAGGCUGCAUAUCUUGUUAAAGAACUUGAUAGCAAGAAGUUAAUCCCUAACUCCUCAACUUUUUCUGCCCUCAUUAGUGGGCAGUGCACAAGGAAGAACUCGGAGCGAGCUUUUCAAUUGUACAAAAGCAUGAUAAGGUGUGGUUGUCAUCCAAAUGAAGAUACUUUUAAGAUGUUGAUAUCCACCUUUUGCAUGAAUGAGGAUUUUGAUGGAGCAGUCCAAGUCGUGCGAGAGAUGCUGGAAAGAUCAAUGUCUCCCGAUUCUGCUAUUUUAUCUGAGCUUUGCCAUAGACUUCGACAAUGUGGUAGAGAAAAACUUGUAAUGGAGUUAUGCAAAGAUAUCGAAGCUAGACGACUUAUGCCAGAGGGUUUUGGGGAAAGUAGAGGCAUCCUAGCCUGACCAGAAAUUGUGGCAAACAAAAUGGAGACUACUUAGUCCUAUUUAUGAAGUCAUAAAUGGGAUGUGGAGACUAUUUGGCGAGGUUCUAGAACUUCUAUAAAGCGUGGAGAUUGAUUGAUGGGGAGGAUGCCAUGAAAAGUAAAGAUGCCAGUGAAAGAUUUGCAGUUGAAUAUUUCUGUUGUUUUCUUGGAAAAGUAAAAUCAUGUUGGAUCGAGCCAUGCCUUUCUUUGGAAAUUCUUUGAAAGAUGGGUGCUGAUAUAGCAGCAACUAUUUUGACAACUUUGGAGGAAGUGAUUUUUGCUUCCUGAUUGUUGCUGCAAGUUCAAAGCUGAGUCAUCAGGAGGCCACCAAUUUUUAUACCAUUGUGAAGCAGGGACUUGAUGGAGUCUAAUUUCCUCCAUUUUUAGCAUUUAGUUUAAUGGGCUCAUGCUGCAUCAAAGCAAUGGAAUAAUUUACUUGCUUAGGUCACUCUUGUACUCUCUCAGCUAAAAGGUUCAAAAAAACAGAUUUUGCCUCAUACAAGAAUGGAUUGUUCUGUCUCUUUUAUCAGAGUCGUCUUUCUUUGUUAGUUUAUUUUUUCCCUGAAUGGGCUAUAAAGUUUGGUUGUAUUAGUUGGAUUGUUGUCUAUUAGCUUAAUCUAGUUUUUUUUUUUUUGAUAGGCAGCUUAAUCUAGUUAUUACAAACUCUCACACAAUUGAUGUUAUGUCCUAUUGUGAUUCUCAUUGUACGCAUAAACAAUGUUUUCCUACCGGUUUACAUAAAAACAAAAAGGUCCCUUUCUUCUUUACCUCGCAUCUUCAGAGAUGACAUAACAGGGUGCCUUUGUCUUGAAAUUCAUUUUCGAAGUUUCUGGAUUGUGCGGUUGACAGUGUAUUAAAUUUAGGGUUCACAUUUCUAUAGACAAAGUUUGCAAGCCUGUCAAAGCCAAGAACUGUAGCAUCACAACCACAAAUAUGGGUAAAAGAGGUUGUAAUGCCCUUUACUGCUUCUGGUGGCAAUCCCGAAAAAUCUGGGACAAUUAUACUUCAAAGUUCCCAUAAACCCCUCUCAAUAGGUACUAGUGCCAUUCAAAAUGUAGUUAACUCAAUAGCUUCCAAG